AAAACAUGACACCAUUUUCAAGUUUUCAAUCUUUUUCACCUUUUUGGGACUCUGACUCAGUAAAAAGUUGCACACAAAACGAACCCCAAUUCGGGAGUAGUUCAGGAAAAAUGCACAUUGAUACAGCUUGAAGAUUCUUGCUCUUCCCGGGUCUUAAUCGGUAUCUUUUUAAUUGGAACAUUUGAAGAAAUGGGAAGUUUUGGAAGACCAGAAGGUUUAACCUUGCUAGGGUUUCUACUGCCGAUCAUACUUCAGUCGGUGUCGGGUCGGUUUGUGGUGGAGAAGAACAGUCUGAGGGUGAUUUCACCGGACAACAUCAAAGGCACCUUCGAUUGCGCGAUUGCCAACUUUGGGAUCCCUCAAUAUGGGGGAAGCAUGUCAGGGACUGUGGUCUACCCGAAGGAUAACCGAAAGGGAUGCCGAAAAUUUGAGGAUUUCGGAAUUUCCUUCAAGUCCAAGCCUCCUCUCUUGCCCACAUUUGUCCUCGUCGAUCGUGGAGAUUGUUUUUUUGCAUUGAAAGUUUGGAAUGCACAGAAUGCAGGUGCAUCUGCAGUUCUAGUUGCAGAUGACAUGGAUGAGGCACUGAUAACAAUGGACACUCCUGAAGAGGACGUACAUGCGGCGAACUAUGUUGCGAAUGUAACAAUUCCAUCUGCACUCACCACUAAGGAUUUUGGGGAGAAAUUGAAGAAGGCAGUCAAUGGAGCGGAAAUGGUUACUGUAAGUCUUGAUUGGAGAGAAUCCGUUCCUCACCCUGAUGACCGUGUGGAAUUUGAACUAUGGACCAACAGCAACGAUGAGUGUGGUUUUAAAUGUGACAUGUUGAUGAAGUUUUUGAAAGAUUUCAAAGGUGCGGCACAGAUCCUUGAAAAAGGCGGUUACACGCAGUUUACACCCCAUUAUAUAACUUGGUACUGCCCUCAGGCAUUCACCAUUAGCAAACAAUGCAAGUCACAAUGCAUUAAUCACGGCAGAUAUUGUGCACCUGAUCCUGAAUCGGACUUUAGUUCAGGUUAUGAUGGGAAGGAUGUUGUUCUUGAAAAUUUGAGGCAGCUUUGUGUCUUUAGAGUUGCUAAUGAGACCAGAAAGCCAUGGAUUUGGUGGGAUUAUGUGACUGAUUUCCAAAUCCGGUGCCCCAUGAAAGAGAAGAAAUAUAACAAGGAAUGUGCUGCUGAAGUAAUAAGAUCUUUAGGACUUGAUUUUAAAUCAGUUGAGAAGUGUAUGGGAGAUCCUAAUGCUGAUGCCGACAAUCCUGUUUUGAAAGAGGAGCAGGAUGCUCAAGUUGGUAAAGGAUCACGAGGUGAUGUCACCAUAUUGCCCACCCUUGUAGUAAACAAUAGACAAUACCGAGGGAAGCUGGAGAAAGGUGCUGUUUUAAAGGCUAUUUGUGCUGGCUUUGAGGAAACCACGGAUCCUGCUGUGUGUUUGAGUGAUGAUUUAGAGACAAAUGAAUGCUUGGACCACAAUGGUGGCUGCUGGCAAGAUAAAUCUGCCAACAUCACAGCUUGCAAGGACACAUUUCGAGGAAGAGUGUGUGAAUGCCCCACAGUUGAUGGUGUGCAGUUCAAAGGAGAUGGUUACAGUUCGUGCAAGCCAAGUGGACCUGGCCGAUGCAAACUAAAUCACGGAGGCUGUUGGCAUGAAACACGAAAUGGGCACACCUAUUCUGCUUGUGUGGAUGAGGAGGAGAGCAAGUGCACAUGUCCUCCUGGGUUUAAAGGUGACGGUAAAAGUUGUGAAGAUGUUGAUGAAUGCAAAGAAAAGAAGGCAUGUCAGUGCCCUGAAUGCAGCUGUACAAACAAUUGGGGUGGCUAUGAAUGCACAUGUAGCGGUGACCUACUCUACAUCACCGACCAUGAUACUUGCAUUAGCAAAAAGGCCGCUGAAGUCAGAUCUUCGUGGGCUGCUCUUUGGGUCAUUUUGAUAGGACUGGCCAUGGCUUCCGGUGGGGCAUAUCUUGUAUACAAAUAUAGAUUUAGGUCAUACAUGGAUUCUGAGAUAAGGGCCAUAAUGGCGCAAUACAUGCCACUAGACAGCCAAAAUGAAGUCCCAAACCACGUUUCUGAAGAUCGUGCUUGAAGGACAUUGACUCGCUGCAAUGCAUAAAAAGAAAAUGUAUGAAUUUCCCAAAAAGUACAGGGAGAAGUGGUCUUAUCCUCUUAUAUCAUCAGUUUUCCUCUUCUUCUUCUUAUUAUUAUCAUGGUGUUAUGAAAUGCAGGAACUAAACACCUCUUACUCAGUACUCAAUUACCCAAAUAGGGUUUUGUUGAGGGAGAGAUGUAAAUGAUCAAUGUGAGAUGUAUGUGUAUGAACUUAGAAACUCUGUUUGGUUGGUGUAAGCAGGAAAAGUGGUAGCUGGAUGAUGUGGGGCUCUGUUUAUGUGGCUCCCCUCCUCCUAUGGUUAUGGUUAGUGACCACAUUUAAUCACUACUCAUAAAUCUGGUCUAUUAUGUAGUGAUUGUGACUAAUAUUAUGAUUUGUAAUUUUGUAUGUACAUUUUGUAUCCCCACUCUUUGUACUCUUAUUAAUGUUCCCACUUUUGACUAUGUCAAGAAUAAUACGGAGUAACAUUAUGAGUUUCAUCAUGAUAGUCCGAAGCUUCUGAUAACCU